CGAGUUUUCCUCUCUUUGCACAGUCAGUCUCACCAUCCUUGAUCCUGCAUCUGCUCGCGUCUCCACUCAUUCACCGGUCAAAAAAAGGGGGCAGAAUGGGAGCGAAGCUCAGUCGGAAGAAGAGUGAAGUAGGGAUAGGAGCAGACACAACAGCUCCAGCUGUAGAGGAGUCUGCAACACCAGAGGACUCCACUGUGACUGAGAAUGCAGAGCAGAAAUGUGAGGUUCCAGAGGGCAAGACUGCCUCUUCAACCAGUGUUCUGCAGACCAUUACACAAGCAGUUGAAGAAACGGUCGAUGCAGUCACUGAACAGAUUUCUGCACCGGUGGAAGAUGUUGUAAACAAAGGUAUUGAAGCAGUGGAGUCCGCAUUGGCAUCCGUCAGCCUGAUUGGGAAAGAACCUGCCGCUCCAGAGCAGAAGUCUGAACCUGAUCUUGAUGCUUCUGAUGUUCUUCAAGAACCCAGUCUCUUGGAUGACCUGCUGAAAUCUCCAAUCUCUGAAGCCCUCAUUACUGGAGUCACAAUGGCAAGUGAAGCCAUAACCAGCGAGAUGAUGGAAGACAAAAUUAGUAGUCCUGCACCAGCUGAGAACAAGGAUUUGUUGGAAUGUCUGGAUAAGGUGGAGACGCCCUCAUUGGACCUCCUGGAUUGUAAACUGACCCAUGAAUCCACAAUCCCUACCUCGGAUCCUUCAUUCACUUUGGAAGAUAUGGGACAGAACGCAGUUGACAAUGUCAACAUUAUAUAAAUCACUACCCUCACCUGUAAAAAACAGUAGCAGCUGGAUGGUCAUUAGGUGCAAGUAUGUCAGAACAAUAUUCAAGAAAUUAAUGAACA